UUAAAAAAAUAAUAAAAGGGCAAGGAUCUGUUAAUGAUAUUUAUUUGUUGAACUCUAUUAAUGUCAAGUAUGAAAAUAAAAAUAGACAAUUAUGGGAUGGAAAUAAUAAUGUAAUUAUUUUAAUUUUGAAGCAACGUCAUUUCCAUCUUAGAUAUUUUUUACGGAAAUAAUUUAUUAUUAUAUUGUUAAGAAAACAUCAGUUUAAUUAAAAAGCCUUCUUAGCUCAGUGGUAGAGCGCGUGGCUUUUAACCACGUGGUCGUGGGUUCGAUCCCCACAGACGGCGUUUAAUUUAAUUUUUGUUUGUUUUUUUAAUUUUUUUUAUGAAGCGAUUAAUUUUAAUUUAAUUAAUUUUUUGAAGAAAAAAUUAAUUAAUUUUUUAAAGGAAGUACUAGGUUACGUACUUGAAGAACUCUUGGAGCAGUCAGCAGGGUUGAACUGCUUCUAGUUUUUUUAAUCUUAUCUUUCACAACUAUAUUAGCUUACUUUAAAAUAAAAAAAAAAAUAAAAAAUCAAAUCUAAGAAAAAAACAAUAUGGCGUUCAGAUGCGAAAUUAGAAGCGUCGAAGGAUUAUUUGAGAUUGAUUAUUAUUAAUUUCAUUGAUUUGCUGUUCUGAUCGAUUUUUGUAUCUUCAAUAGUUUAUCAUUGGACCUCAAAUUCACCACAAUCAGAGGCUGGAAUGGACGAAAGCCAUGGAAGGAGAAGAUGAUCAACAGAAUGAUAACAGUAAGCAUAUAGGGCUCCCUGUUGAUGUAAUUGAAUUUAUCAUUUCGUCCUUUGUAAAGCGUUUUUCCAUGAGGUAUGCUAUCAGACUGAGUGCUGUUUGCAAACAUUGGCUUGAUAUUGUGAGCUUGGAAACACCUGAUGAACCACCAUGGAUUACAGUCGAAUCGUUUUUGGAUUGUGAUUACAAACUUUGGCUCGAUAUUGUGAACUCGGAAACAUUUGAUGAAUCACCAUGGAUUACAGCCAAAUCGUUUUUGGAUUCUGACAAAGAAAACAAAUAUAUUACUUGCUUGAAUUUGUGGGGCAAUGAAGAUUCAAUGGAUCAGGCCACUUACAGACUGCCUGGUUUCUCUAUGGCUAUGACUCCAGCUAGUGAACGUAGUAGUAUCAUCUUAGCAUCUUCACAAGGCGGUUGGCUAAUAUUUGGUUGUUAUUGUCACCGUUAUCCCAGAAAAGUUUCCCCAAGAGUUGAUGAGCCUCUUAGCCUUUACAACCCGUUUCUCAACAUCUACUUUGAUUUACUCAUGUAUUCACCACCAAGAUCGACUUGUUGCAGGCACAUUGAAGGUAUCAAGGCAUUUUCAGUCUUCUCUUAUAAUCUUUACCCCGGCAAUUACUUUGUCGUGAUAUCCAGAAUCUGCAAUCUAUCGUUGUGUAGGCUUGAUGGACAAGGCAAGUGGUUUUAUUACCAUAAUAAACGUCAUUUACCUUAUUGCGAUUUAUUGUUUCACCGAGAGGAACAAUGCUUAUAUGCUUCAGACCAGAGAGGAGUUGAUAUAUUCACAGUAGAGUGUGAUUAUGAAAGUGAUUGUGGUAGUAGCCAGGCAUUCCGUCUAACUGCUGUAUCUUUUGUGCAGAUUACAUUUAAUGUGCUUGAUGAUAAGCUUGUUUCGACACAUUUGGUAAAACUGUGUGGAUAUAUUAUAGUUGUGACCAAAGCAUCUGAUAAGGCGGGUAGUCGAAAAGAUCCAGACUGGACGGUGGAGGUUUAUAAGUUUGGGAAUAAGGAUAAGUGUUUGAGUCGAGUAAGUUCCAUUGGAGAACAUGCAUUGUUCUUGGCUGACGCAGGAAGUGCUUCCUUUUGUGUUUCAGCUAGAUAUUUUCCUAAAGUGCAGCAAAACUGCAUCUACUUUCACCAUUACUUUCUUGGUUGUAUCACUACCGUUUCAUUGGAAGACGGGGCAAUCAAUCGUACUUGUUACCGUUACAUGGGUUUGCUUCCCUCUAACCUUUCUGCGGCAGCCAGCAGGUUUAUCUCACCUCCUUAUCUAAACUCAAGGCAAUUCUUCUCAAUAAAAUGAACAACCUAAGUUAGAGAAUAGCAAAAAAACCAUGUUUAGUUCAUCUGAUUUGAUUGAACUUUGAUCUUAUUUGUACACAAAUUCUUAAAUUGAAAUGUCAUUAGAUUUGAAUUAA